AUGGUUUCAGCUAGGCCCUUCGCAAUCACCUUCCCUGGUCAAGGCAUAAAAAAGCCGGGAUUACUUUCUCCGUACAGACAACUCAAAAGUACCUUAAUCAAAGAUGAGCUCGAUGUGGUUUCUGAUGUGAUGGGCCCUGAAUUUACCGAGACCCUCUUGGAAUCAGAAAAGGUUGCUGAGGAAGGCUGGAUAAAAAAGACCUCGAAUGCUCAACCUGCGGUUCUAGCCACUUCCUAUAUUAUAAAUCAGAUCAUGAAAAAGCAAUUCAAUGUAGAUUUAGUAUCACAUCCUGGCGCUAAGUAUAUUCUCGGACAUUCACUAGGCGAGUACUCUGCUCAUCUCGUGAAUGGGCUGUUUUCAUUUCCGUUGGCAUUGAGAUUAGUUUCCGAGAGAGCUACAAUUAUGGAGCAACUAGUACAGCAAAGAGGUUCGAAGUUUUCGAUGAAGGCAGUUUUGUUUGAUGCCACUAGAUUUGAUGAACUUGUAGAAGAGUUUGCUGAGCAAGGCAUUCUUGCAAAUGUGAAUGCUUCCAAUCAACUUGUAAUUUCUGGAGAAGAGUCUGAGAUUAUCGAGAUUAUUAAUGCAAAUAAAAGUAAAAUCAAAAGAGCCCUACCGCUAUAUGUAAAUGUGCCCUUCCACAGCAAGAUCCUCGACGGAGUAGAGCCUAAGCUUCGUGAAUUCUUGACGGAGAGAAUGGACACUGAAAGCUUUACUGGCCAGCUUCCUGUCGUUAGUAACUUGACGGGCUUACCAUCUAAGGGCGAAGAAUCCCUUCUGAACACCCUUGCUGCUAAUUCAAAACCAGUACAAUGGGUGAAAUCGAUGCAGUUUCUAGCGAGCGAUGGAGUUGCUGAUGUGAUUAAUGUAGGUCCGGGUUCAGUAGUUUCUGGACUCAACUCAAGAUAUAACGUGAAGAACCAUAACCUUGAAACCUUGCAACAAAUGGAAACGUUGGCCAACUACUUAGAGAAGAAAUGUGGGAGCGAAGAAAACUCGUAA